AUGAAAGAGAUUUUUAUGACUCAUGCGAGUCAUGGCGCUGUUGGUGUUGCGAACGGUUCUGGUUACAUGAACUCUGACGUAUUCCCUCAAUUCAUGCGUCAUUUCAUCAAGCGCACCGAUGCUAAUGCCGAUUCGCCAACCAUGGUGCUGCUGGACAACCACGGUUCGCAUUUAUCGAUCGAGGCGAUAGAUUUGGCGUUGGAUCAUGGCAUCAYGUUGCUGUGUUUUCCGAAAAAAUGCACGCACAAAAAGCAGCCACUAGAUGUUGCGGUAUUUGCACCAUUUAAAGGCAURAYGACCGUGAAGCAUGAUGCAUGGAAAAAGUCCAACAUUGGUGUCACUUUCGAUCUGCAUCAUGUGCCGCUCCUUGUCGAUCAGUGCCUCGAUGUUAUGUUAACGCCGAAAACCAUCAAAUCCGGCUUCCGAAUAACUGGCAUCUACCCGUUCAACCUGCAAAUUUUCUCUGAAGUUGACUUUGUCGCUUCGGAACUGAGCGGCGAAAAUUUGUUCGGUGACGAAGAGAAAGACGCCGACAAUCAACGUCGAGUUCUUGCCUCUGGUGAUGCCAUU